CUUCUAGAAUAAGCCGGUUGCAAGCGAAAAACAGCAAACCGACGAACGACGGAACGAGUCAAGUCAAGAGUCAAGAGAGUGAACAAAAACAAAAUGGACAAUGUUUACAAUGAACUGUUGUAAUAAUUUACAUUUAUUUUGACAUUAAUUAAAUUUUGUAAAUCGUGUAUAACAGUAUCAUUCUUUGAAGGUGUAAUUAGCCUUCAGAAUGUUCAUCAAGCAGGUUAUCAUCCAUGGCUUCAAAAGCUACAGAGAGCAGACUAUCGUUGAACCCUUUGAUCGAAGGCACAAUGUCGUUGUGGGGCGUAAUGGAUCUGGAAAGAGUAACUUUUUCUAUGCUAUCCAAUUUGUGCUGAGUGAUGAAUUCUCUCACUUGAGACCAGAACAGAGACAAGCCCUGCUGCACGAGGGUACAGGUCCACGAGUGGUCACUGCCUAUGUCGAAAUUAUUUUCGACAAUUCGGACAGUCGUCUACCUAUUGAAAAGGAUGAAAUUGUACUUCGUCGUGUGAUUGGAGCUAAAAAAGAUCAAUACUUCUUGAAUAAAAAGAUGGUUCCACGUACUGAUGUUAUGAAUCUUCUUGAAUCUGCUGGAUUUUCAAGAUCAAAUCCCUAUUAUAUUGUAAAACAGGGAAAGAUCAAUCAAAUGGCCACAGCUCCAGAUUCUCAAAGACUUAAACUUUUGCGUGAGGUAGCUGGAACAAGAGUUUACGAUGAAAGGAAAGAAGAAUCAAUUUCUAUUUUGAAAGAAACUGAAGGAAAAGUUGAAAAGAUUGACGAAUUUUUGAAAACAAUCGAAGACAGACUGAAAACUUUGGAGGAGGAAAAAGAAGAGUUGAAAGAAUAUCAAAAGUGGGAUAAAAUGAGACGAUCACUCGAGUACUGCAUCCAUGACAGAGACUUGAAAGAAACUAAACGGAAGCUUGAGGAGCUGGAAGAUAAAUUGAACAAUUACGACGAGGACCAAAAGAAGCUGACAAGUGAACUAAAAGCGGCCCAAGAAGCAGCGAAAAGUGCAGCAAAGAAGCUGAAGGAUGCCAGAAAGGAAGUGCAAAUGGCCAAAGAGGAAAAGGAAACUUUGAAUUUGGAACAGCAGCAAUUGCUCAAAGAUAAAGCUAAACUGGAGCUCACAAUUAAAGAUCUAUCAGAUGAAGUGCAAGGCGAUGAUAAGUCAAAGGAUAGAGCUGAAAAAGAGUUGAAAAAGUUGAAAGAAACAAUUGCUCAAAAAGAAGCUGAACUUGAAGAACUGAAACCGAAGUAUGAAGCUCAAAAGAAGAAAGAGGAAGAAUGCACACGAGAACUUGCAUUGAAAGAACAAAAGCGUAAGGAGUUGUAUGCCAAGCAAGGAAGAGGAAGCCAGUUCACUUCUAAGGAUGACAGGGAUCAAUGGAUUCAGAAAGAAUUGAAAUCUCUAAAUAAGCAAAUCAAGGACAAGACUGAUCACAAAGAAAAAUUGGCUGGUGACUUGAAACGCGACGGUGAAAAACCAAUCCAGUUGGAAAAGAAAAUUGAGGAACAAACUGCUGAAUUGGAAAGACAAAGACACGCUAUAGACGAAUAUAACAAGCAGUAUUACGAGCACAAGAAAAAGAAGGACUCAAAUCAAAGUGAUCGAAAUGAGUUAUGGAGGAAAGAAAACCAACUUCAACAGUCGCUAUCACUUCUGAAGGAAGACCUGGCGAAAGCAGACCAAGCAUUGCGUAGUAUGGCUGGAAAGCCGAUCUUGAAUGGGAGGGACAGUGUGAAGAAGGUAUUGGAAACGUUUCGACAGAGAGGCGGCUCUUUUGCAGCUUUGGCCGAUUCAUACUACGGCCAAGUCAUUGAGAACUUCGAAUGCGAGACCAGCAUCCACACUGCUGUUGAAGUGACCGCGGGAAUGAGAUUAUUCUACCACAUAGUGGAAUCUGAUAGUGUUGGUACUCAAAUAUUGAAAGAGAUCAACAAACAGAACUUACCUGGCGAGGUUACGUUCAUGCCUAGAAACAGACUUCAUGUUAAAGAGCAAAGAUAUCCGAAUUCUGAAAAUGCUAUUUCAAUGGUGAGCCGGUUGACAUUCGAUCCGAAAUACGAACUAGCAAUCAAAUACAUUUUUGGAAAGACUCUGAUUUGUCGUAAUCUCGAGACUGCUACAGAUAUGUCCAAAAAGUACAACCUUGAUUGCAUUACAGUUGAAGGAGACCAAGUUUCAUCGAAGGGCACCCUAACAGGUGGCUACUUCAAGAACAUCAGGUCAAAACUCGAGAUUCAAAAGAGUAGAACUGAACUGCAGUCACAGAUAAAAGACGCCGAGAAGGAGUUGGUCAAACUGAGAGAGGACUUACGGAGUAUUGAAUCCGAAAUUAACACUGUCGUCUCUGAUAUGCAAAAAACUGAAACAAAAAAUAGCAAGGCCAAAGGCUACUUUGACAAGCUGAAGGCAGACAUCAGGCUGAUGAAAGAAGAGCUGCUGGGCAUUGAGAGGUACCGAACACCCAAAGAGCGAUCACUGGCUCAGUGCAUCAGCAACCUUGAAGCCAUGCAGACAACGCGAGCCGGUCUAGAAGCUGAAUUGCAUCAGGAUCUUCUAUCACAACUGUCAGUGGUCGAUCAAUUAGAAAUGGAUAAACUGAAUGAUGACAUCAAAAGACUCACUCAUGAGAACAAAUCUGCAUUCUCUACAAGAAUGAAUCUGGAAGCAGCGAAAAAUAAAUUGGAAAAUCUUCUCAUCAACAAUUUAAUUCGAAGGAAGGAUGAGCUAAUUCAGGCUCUGCAAGAAAUAUCAGUAGAAGAAAGGAAACGCACUCUCGAUAACAGUAAUUUGGAAUUGCAGGGUAUUGAAAAGAGAAUCGAACAAGUGAACAAGGAUUUUAAAGCAGUUGAUAAGAAAGUCCACGAAGCAGUCAAACGCCAAAGGGCCGAGCAGGAAGAAGUGGAAAGGUACAAGACAAAGGAGAAAGAAGCUCAAGAAAAGCUUGAUGCUGAUUCGAAAGAUUUGUCAAAAGUGUCAUCAAAACAGGCAAUGUUGAGACAGAAGAUAGAGGACAGCACUACCAAGAUCAAUGAACUUGGCUCGAUGCCCGCCGUCGAUAUGGUCAACAAAUAUAUGGCUUAUUCUUCAAAGAAUUUAUUCAAAGAGCUGGAGAAGGCCAAUAGUCAUCUGAAAAAAUACAGUCAUGUCAAUAAGAAAGCUCUGGACCAAUUCAUGAGUUUCUCCGACCAAAAAGAAAAGCUCAUGAAACGUAAAGAGGAGUUGGAUAUUGGUGAUCAAAAGAUCAACGAGUUGAUGAGUGUGCUGGAGCAGAGAAAGUUCGAGGCUAUUCAGUUCACGUUCAAGCAAGUGUCCAUGUUCUUCAGUGAAGUGUUCUCCAAGCUGGUUCCUUCCGGCCACGGCCAGCUCAUCAUGAAGACGGCUGAUGGAGAUGAACACGAUUCCAACAAUCCAAGCCAAGAAAUGGACUCAGACCAGUUCACUGGUGUGAUGAUACGCGUUUCGUUCAAUGGCUUCGGCGAAAUGAGAGAAAUGAACCAACUUUCCGGUGGGCAGAAGUCAUUGGUGGCGCUCGCGCUCAUCUUCUCCAUUCAGAAGUGCGACCCGGCGCCAUUCUAUCUCUUCGAUGAAAUCGAUCAGGCGCUAGAUGCUCAACACAGAACUGCAGUUGCUGAAAUGAUUCACGAGAUGUCCAAAGACGCGCAAUUCAUCACAACCACAUUCAGACCUGAGCUCUUGCAGAACGCCAAUAAGUUCUAUGGUGUCAAGUUCAGAAAUAAGGUCAGUCACGUGGAGUGCUGCACGAGAGAAGAGGCUCAUGACUUCGUUGAGGAUGACACCACCCAUGCUUAAGUGUAGAGACAUUGCAAUGUGUACAUCUUUAGUGUUAGAACUUGAUUUUCCAACGGACGUACUAAACUGCCAAGCAUAAGUAUUUCUAUUCUGUUUUUUAGCAUAUGUAUGUAUUUUCUAUCAUGUAAGUGAUAAGUUCAAAUCCUAGGUUUUGUAUCAAACAUUACAACUACUGGAAAAAUGUUUAUAUAUUAAGAGAGUACAUAUACCAAAGUGGGGAGAGGUAUAUUUUUUCUACUGAAUAAUUUCGUUUGUUCUAAGAUGUAAGAUUUCACAAUAUUAUUACUAUAUUUUCAUCAGUUUACAUAUAAUCAGCAUUUUUGAAUGCAUCUAUGGACCGGCUUUCAUUUACACUUUGGCAAAAUCUAUUUUGGUAAAAUUACUGUUUUCACUCCAAAAACAAAACAGUAAAAUUUGUUAAAAGUAAACAAUACUGUAAAAUUUACUGUAUUCCAUGAUAACGAAUAGAUAGCAAUAUACGGAAUGAAACGACUAUUUUCAUCCUCUGCUUUCAACCUCUUAGAGGCUUGCUUUCGAUCCCAAGAGGCUGAAAACAAUGGAGAAAAUCAGAACAAAGAAAUAUUCCACUUUCAAACAAUUUGUUUUAGCUAAAAUAUUUUGCUUGAUGUUCAACUGAUUGUAUCUGGGUGUUUCAAGCAAAAUGAUUUCACUCAAUACAAAUUGUUUCCUUAACAAAUCAGAAAAAAAUGCUCGCCGGUCGUAGAUCAUUUUGAAAUUCAAUGUAGGUGGUUAAUAUUAUAUUCAUCUAGAAAGCUGAAUGAUUUCGUCAUACAUUAUCCUAACACCUCAUCUUCAAUUGAUGUAUAUUGAUCUGAAAAAUCCAAUCAUUCAGCCCUCGCUUUUAUUUAUCUUCUAUUUUCAUCCAAUAUACCGAGUGAAGGAACUUUCUUUCAACAAUAUAGCUUUUCUGUGUAACAAUGUAAUUAAGUUACUAAUAAUGUAGUAGCUGUUCAUUUUAUACAAUGUGUGUUAUAAUGUAAAUUCGAUGUCUACUGUGACUAUAAGAUAUUGUAUCAGCUCCAAUUUAAAAGCUGCAUCAAUUCAAUAAUUUGUUUAUUAUAAUUAAUAAAAAAUAAAGCAUUGUGUAAUCUGAUAAGUGACAAAUAAUGUUUUCAUGAUCUUCAUUUGUGAUAGUAAUAGCCUAGAACACUAGAAAAAAAACAUAUUCCAUUUGUGUAUUUUAUGAAUCAAUUUUUGAAGUUUCCAUGUUCUUGAGAAUUAACAUACAUAACUUAUUCGUUGAAAUAAUUGUUAAUUGUUUUACGAGAUUCACAUUUUUUUGGGGGUUGCUCUGGUAUCUUGUAACUAUCCCAAAUGUCGUUUAUGAAUAGUGAUAAUUAUUCUAAGUACAUUAUAUUCAUAUCAACAGUUUACUACAGUACCGUAAGUACAGUAUGUUAUAAUAUUGAAAACAUUAAAUGAA